CCCGCCGAGACCCAGCCCAGGGCCAAGGAACAGCUGGGAGGGUCGGCCAUAUUGUGUUGCUCCCUUCAUUGCCUGCCCCCGUCGCCGCCAUGGGCACCGCGUACUCACAGUUCCUCGGCGACGCGGCCACCACGCCGAACUGCCAGGCGGAACCCACGUUCGACCCCCUCUACGGCUUCUCCGAGGGCCGCAAGGAGAGAGUGAUGCUGGCCACCCAGGAGGAGAUGGAGUCCGCUGGGCUGCCCCUGGAGAAGCGUGACUACUGCGCCCACCUUGCCCUCCAGCACCGUGCGUGUCGCCACAAGGAGUUCCCCUUCGUGUACCGCUGUGCCCACGAGAAGCACGCCUACCUCAACUGCCAGUAUGACGACUAUGUCCUGCGCAUGAAGGAACACGAGAGGGAGAAGAGGCUGCUGGAGAGGGCCAAGAGGAAGGCGAAGAGGGCCGAGAAGGAGGCCAUGGCGGAGUGAGCAAGAGGAAGAGGAAGAGGAAGAGGAGGAGGAGGAGGUGGUGGUUUAGCUUACAACUCUCAUAAUUCUUCUCUGUCUCUCCCUUAUUUCACCUCCGUUCUCGUGUGGUGUAAAUAUGUUGACCAGUGUUUGUAAUAAUAAUGAUAAUGAUCAAUAAAAUGUAUAUAGAUUUA